CGCAUCGGGCAGCAGAUGUAAUUUGAAUUAUAAGCAAAAUGGUGCGAAAAUUAAAAUUCCACGAGCAAAAGCUGCUCAAAAAGGUCGACUUCUUCAACUGGAAGGAAACGAACAGCUUGCAGGAGUCAAAAGUGAUGCGCAAAUACCAUCUGCAGAAGCGUGAAGAUUACACCGCAUACAACAAGGUUUCCCGGAACGUCCGCGAAUUGGCACAAAAGAUUGCCGAUAUUGAUCAGAAACACCCAUUUCGGACGGAAAUGAGUGCGUUGCUGCUGGAGAAGCUGUACGUUAUGGGCUUAAUUCCGACAAAGUGGGAUCUAGAGAAUGCGAACAAGAUCAGCGCAUCGUCGUUCUGCCGCCGGAGACUUCCGCUCGUGCUGGUGCGUAACAAGAUGUCGGAAAACGUGUCCCAUGCGACCAAGAUGGUCGAGCAUGGCCACGUGCGCGUUGGUGUGGAAGUAGUUAAAGAUCCCGCGUUCUUAGUGCCGCGCACGCUGGAGGAUUUCGUCACCUGGGUCGACGGUUCGGCAAUCCGUAAACACCUGCAGGAGUAUAAUGAUAUGCGAGACGAUUUUGAAAUGUGAAUAAAU